AUUUGAGGCCCAUAGGGGAUGAAAAAAAAAAAAAUUUAAGUUAGGACAAGUCUUGGUUGCCUUGGGCCUCAAAUUUUAGAGGCCGAAAAUUUUGAGGCCCAACUGGCAUGGAAUAAAAAAAAUAAAUUAAUAAAAUUAAGUUAGGGAAAGUUUCAGACGACACAAUCUGCUUCGACACUCCGCAGGGCGCAGCCUCAGCUAUCGCCUCUGGUGACACGAUCUGCUUAGUAAUAGACACACACACAUACUGUCUGUCUCGUAUAUUCUUAUUGUAGAUUGAUAGUAAAUUAUUUAACAAUUCCUCAGUGGGUGUUCGAAGUUUUUACAAAGUUGAAGACUUGGCUAAAGGGUUUUUGCUUACACAAUGAAACAAAGACGACUGAACUCCAAAUUUGCACUGAGGAAGUGUAAAGGGAGGAGUAACCACUCUGAAGAUCGGAUCAGUCAGUUGCCGGAUGAAAUUCUUAUUUGCAUCCUCUCUUGCUUGCCAAUGAAAGAGGCGGCAAGAACUAGUCUAGUCUCAAGUAGAUGGAAAGAGUUGUGGAUAUACACAACUCGUACUUUUAAGUUAUUGUGGAAAGUUCAAAGGAAAGGAAAUCGGAAAUUUUUAGAGGUGGAGAGGGCUAACUAUAUAAGUUGGGUGAAUCGGGUCUUGAACUCACACAAGGGUGCAACCGUGGAUGAAUUCAGAAUUCAGUUUGAUAUGGAUUCUAGUUUUACAUCUGAUAUUGAUAAUUGGGUUCACUCUGCAAUGGAGAAGAGAGUUCAAAGGCUUGAACAUAGUAAUAUUCCGGAAGGGCCUUACAAUUUAUCAUCUAUGCGGUCACUGGAUUUUUCAAGAGUUGAAUCACUAACUGCAAUCCAUUUCACGUAUGUGGAUGUGACUGCAGAAUGCCUUGAAUGUUUUUUAUCAAGCUGUCCAUUCCUUGAAGAACUAUCUGUCAAUAACUCGGCUUGUGUAGUCAAUCUCAAAGUUUAUGGUCAAUCACUCAAGCAUUUGAAAAUAGCGUACUGUUAGAUUUUGGAAGACAUUGAGAUUUCUGCGAAAAAUCUGGUGUCACUUGCAUAUUUUGGUCAUCAAAUAAACUUGUGUUUCAAGAGUGCAUGCCAUCUUUCUAAACUAUGCCUGGGGGAUCAGUUUUGCAAAUUUAUGAUUUAUAGAGAUAGGUUUUCCCAGUUUUCAAGCUAUAUCUCUCAGCUGCAGACACUUGUAUUGAAGUUGGAUCACGAGGUAUUUGAUAAAUUCCCCAAAUUUACCGAAUUAAGGAAUGUAAAGCAUUUGACAUUGAAGGUGGAUUCAUACCAUAUCAGUAGCUUCCUUCCUUGCAUUUCCCUCAUAGAGGCAGCUCCUUGUUUUUAUAGAUUUUCUAUCGAGGUUUUUUAUGGGAAGAUUGAUUGUCCUGACAGCUACCUUUUGCAAGGGAAGGUGGUACAAAGAAGGGCUGAGAAACGUCUGCUCAAAUGUCCCAAGGUGGUAGAAUUGGUUGGAUUUACUGGCCAUGAGGUUGAUGUUGAGCUCGCCAUGUACUUAUUUGAUAAUGUUGUCUCGCUAGAGAAGAUAAAUAUUGAUACACGCCAACCAAAUUUGUUAGGAACUGAAAAUGAGAAUGUGGAAGAUGAGAGCCGACUAGUGGCGAAAAUGUUUGCUAUGGGACUGCAAUCAAAAUUACCUCGAGGGGUUGAACUAAUGAUACUUUGAAGGAGGGACAGGCCCCUCUUUAACUGUUACAACUUUUAAGAUUUUGUAUGGUGGAAAAAUGAUGAGAAGUUGUUAUAACUUGUAUAUCAUAUGUAAUAAAGUAUUUGCAAAAUCAUUUAUCAUUUAAAUAGGUAAGCAACUCGCACACUUUCUGUUCGAAGUGGGACUUGAAACCCUCAGCCUUGAUUUCUCGUGUCAUCAUUGUUAUUUUGAUAGAAAUGUGGAAUUUUAAUUACUUGUAACUGGAA